GACCAUUCUACACACACCCACCUACCAGUACUGCACAAAUAAUGUCAUCUCCAUUUCUACUCCUCCUCUUGCUCAUAUCCAUGGCUGCCGCAGGCCAACUCCGGCCAAGGUUCUACUCGGAAACUUGCCCGGAUGCCGAAUUCACCGUUCGGGAAGUUAUGAGGAAGGCCCUGAUUAGAGAACCGAGGAGUGUUGCCUCGGUCAUGCGCUUUCAAUUCCAUGAUUGUUUUGUUAAUGGUUGUGAUGCUUCUUUGCUGCUGGAUGAAACUCCUACCAUGCUUGGAGAGAAAGAAGCCCUUUCCAACAUAAACUCUCUAAGAUCUUUCGAAGUCAUCGAUGAAGCCAAGGAUGCCUUGGAAAAGGUUUGUCCCGGAGUUGUUUCAUGCGCUGAUAUCAUAAUUAUGGCCGCCAGAGAUGCCGUCGCGCUGACUGGAGGACCUGAUUGGGAGGUGAGGCUAGGAAGGUUGGAUAGCUUAACUGCAAAGCAAGAAGACUCGAAUGAAAUCAUGCCAAGCCCAAGAUCCAACGCCAGUUAUCUCAUCGACCUCUUUGCCAAAUUCAAUCUCUCUGUGAAAGACCUAGUUGCGCUUUCUGGGUCUCAUUCUAUUGGCCAAGCACGUUGUUUUUCCAUCAUGUUCCGGCUGUAUAACCAAUCAGGCACCGGUAAGGCUGACCCUGCCUUUGAGCCAGAGUAUAGAGAAAAACUGUACAAGCUCUGCCCGUCGGAAGUGGACCAGAACGUUACAGGAGACCUUGAUGCAACGCCCCGUGUAUUUGAUAAUCAAUACUUCAAGGACUUGGUCGCAGGUAGAGGGUUUCUCAACUCCGAUCAAACUCUUUUCACCUUCACUCCGACCAGAAUGUUUGUGAAGCUGUUUAGCAAAGACCAGGCUGAGUUUUUCAAGGCCUUUGUGGAGGGAAUGCUAAAGAUGGGUGACUUGCAACUUGAGCAACCGGGGGAGAUCAGAAGGAAUUGCAGGGUGGUUAAUGACCAUCGUCGACAGUGGGAGAGAUCUUCUUGGGGUAAAGAUCAUAGUUUGAUUAAUGGCAAUAUAUUUUGGAAAAUGGAAAGACCACCUGGCUAGCUAGCCAACUAGCUUUACAAUUCAAAUAAAUUAAUACUAAAUGCCUGCAAGGAUGAUGUUCUUUCACUUCUUGGUUUUGGUCGGAGUCUAAUUAAUAAAUAUCUUCUAAAAUGAAAUUAAAUUA